AUGGAAGAGAGCGAGGAGAGUGAAGAACUGAAUGAAGUGGAGGAGGAACAUCAUGACAAACCUGGAGAAAAACCUUUGAGUCGCUCAAAGACUAAAAAGAUAUUAUCAAAGAAAAGAAAAGCCAAGAAAUCUUUCACCUGCACUCAGUGUGGGGAGAGUUUCACAUACAAACACAGUCUUGAGCGACACAUGAGGAUCCACACUGGAGAAAGACCGUUCUCAUGUGAUCAGUGCGGGAAGAGUUUCAUGCGAUCAUCAUGCCUUAAAGUACACAUGAGAAUCCACACAGGAGAGAAGCCGUACUCAUGUGAUCAGUGUGGGAAGAGUUUCCCACAAAAGCCAAGUCUCCAGAUUCACAUGAGAGUUCACACUGGAGAGAAGCUGUUCUCAUGUGAUCAAUGCGGGAAGAGAUUCACACAGAAACCACAUCUUAGGGGACACAUGAUGAUCCACACAGGAAAGAAGCCGUAUGCAUGCGAUCAAUGUUGGAAGAGUUUCACACGAUCAUCACAUCUUAAAGAACACAUGUGGAUCCACACGGGAGAGAAGCCGUUCACAUGUGAUCAAUGUGGGAAGAGUUUUGUGCACGAAACUAGCCUUAAAGAACACAUUAUGAUUCACACCGGAGAGAAGCCAUUCAUGUGUGAUCAGUGUGAAAAGAGAUUCUCAAACAAAAAAAGUCUUCACCUUCACAUGAAAGUUCAUACUAGAGAGAAGCCGUUCACAUGUGAUCAGUGCGGGAAGAGUUUCACACAAAAAACAAGUCUUGAACUUCACAUGAGGAUUCACACAGGAGAUAAACCACACGCAUGUGAUCAGUGUGGAAAGAGUUUCUCACAAUCAUCAAGUCUUAAAGAUCACAUCAGAAUCCACACUGGAGAGAAGCCGUUUGUGUGUGAUCAAUGUGGGAAGAGAUUCACAAACAAAAAAAGUCUUGAGCUUCAUAUGAGGAUCCACACUGGAGAGAAGCCGUUCACAUGUGAUCAUUGUGGGAAGAGCUUCACACAAUCAUCAAACCUUAAGAUUCACAUGAGGAUCCACACUGGAGAGAAGCCGUUCACAUGUGAUCAAUGCGGCAAAACAUUUAUUGGGUCAUCAGCCCUUAAGGCACACCUGACAGUUCAUACGAAGGAGAAGCCACAUUCAUGUUCUGUGUGUGGAAAGAGUUUUUCACUACUGCAAAAUUUGCAUACACAUCAGAAAAUACACACUGGUGUGAGAGAGUACAUGUGCUUCGAGUGUGAGAAGACUUUUGUUUCAUCUGACCAUUUAAAACAGCACCAGAGAAUUCACACUGGAGAAAAACCGUACAAGUGUUCACACUGUGACAAGAGAUUCAGUUGUUCAUCACAUCUGAAAGCACAUGAGAUGAUCCACAGCAGAGAGAAGCUGCUCAUGUGUGAUCAGUGUGGAAAGAGUUUCAUUUAA